CCUACUGCUCUCCUGCACUUCGAUUUCAUCCCAUCUUUUCGCUUAGAUCUGCCCCCUCCCAUGACAUGGCAAUUUCCCUGAGGAUUUCUCAGUGUUUCGUUGUGUGGCUUGCUUGGUGCCGACUGCCGAGUAGUGAGCUAACACAGUUCGCUCUCGUUUUAUGGUUCAGACUAGUCCGAAUUUUUGUUACGUUUAUAUCGCUACCUUGUUUGUGCGUUUACGCUCUGUAGAAUGUCUUGGUCACUAUAGAUGUACAGCUUACAUUUCGUACGGUUGUUAAAAUGGUACUCCCUCUGUUUCCAUGACGAGUAAAUCGGAAUGGAGGGAGUAGAUCUCUACUCCACCGUGGUUGAAGUGGAUGAUUUGCCUUGCACUCUGCCAAAUGGGCAGGGUAAUUUGAUACAGACCAUAGAUCCACCAUGCGAUGCUUGAGCUUUAAGUCUGGCCGCUAAGAUUAAGUGUGUCUUGUUAGUUGGAUUGAUGGAGAGGAGAUUUUGUAACCACGGAUGGAAAAUUUACUACUAAAUAAAACAGCUUCGGUAAAUGGUGUCAAAUUUAGCAAGGUAUGGGUGGUAAUCAAGAUUUUUUAUUGGAUAUUGUAUGUAUGUAUUUAAGUGUUUUUUUACUUGUGACUUGUGAGAUACAGUACAAUCUUUUGGUUGAAUGGGUGAUGAAUAUAUUUGGCAUUAGGCAAGUUGGAAUGAUAGGAAUAUAGGAUGGGUUAACAUUGAAAAUGUAUGAUACUUUGCCUUAUCAGCUACAUCUGUUCUUUUAGUUGAAGAAAGUAUUCCCCUAUUAUCUCUGCCUUUAAUUUAAAUUUGUAGAAAGAUUAUUUCACUUUUGAGGUGCAAACACCUGGUACUGUUGCACAUGAGUCACUAGAGUUUUGGCACAUCCUCUUUUUUUAAGUUUGUUGAUGGAAAAGAGUAUACAUUCUCAUGGCAUGUGAAUCCUCAAUAUGUCCUAUUCAGUGAUGUCGAAUGACAUUUUUCUAUUCAAAGCAUUAGAUCGUGCUUGAGAAACAAGUUAACAAAUUUUCACGAACCUACCAGUCCUUAUCCAGUUAAUAUUCUUGACUAGACAGGAGGAGCAAAGUUGAUUUGCAAAUCAAACGUGUGUACAUGUGAUCGUUUGAUUACCUUACAGUCAUUAACUUGGUGACUCGUCUCUCACUCAUUACUCAUUUGAGUUAGAUUCUUUAAUUGCAAACAAUAAGAUCAUGCCACGCUCAUUCCCCCGGUCUCAUGGAAAAAGGGUGGCCAAAGUGCUUGUACUUGUAGAAGAACAAUCUGAUAUGUUUUGUGAAUGAGCCAAAACAUUGAUAUGCCUGUUUCUGAGUUAGUUAUUUAUGAUAGUGUGCAACCAGUUGACAGUUUUUUUUUGCGGGUGAAACCAGUUGACAGUUGUUGGACUGACAUACUAGUGAAAUUAACUAAAGUAUCAGUAUUACAUUGUUAUUUGUGGAAAAAAACCAAGUAUUGCAUUAAAUUUAAUAAUUUAUGGCUUAUUUCUUUAAAAAAUACAGUUUUGCUAAAGCACAUCUAGAUGCGCCAUAAGUAUUACACAUCUAAGUCCUAUGUCAUUGAUCUUACAUUGAGAUUCGUGUCGAUAUUUUCUUUUUCUUUUUUAUUUUUCCUCUUUAUGCUUGAUUCACUCACUUAGAUGUGCAAUAACUAGAGCACAUCUAGAUGUGCCCUAGACACACCCUAAAAAAUAAUGCAAUUCUUGAAGUCGAAAAAAUGCGACUUAGAUCUCUUCUGUGAUUUCCAAUCAGGAGAUUUGGGGUACAAAUAUUUAGUUUAUAAUUUCUGGGAUCCGUCUCUUGUUUAUAGAUGUGAUGGUUAACUGUUCCAUCAAGCUAAAGAAUUCGUUUAGUUCCUUUAGCUGUGUUUGUACUUUACUUUCCUGAUAUGGUCUUUAAGUUCCAAACUUCCAAUUCAUCUAUUAUUAUUCUAUUAUUAAAACAAGGGGCAAACAAGCCACCACACGUGUCCCCAUAGACCAAAUUAUCUGCUACAUCGACUGCUAUGUUGGGUCCUAAUUAUAAUAUUAGAGAUUUAAAAUCAAACUAUGCACACAUCUCUGAGCUACAAUUUUUUUUGAGAAGUCCUAUAUAAAAGUAAUAAACAAACAAAACCAGCAGCGAGCCACCAAUAGAACCAAUUAGACCCAGCAUGUACUAGAUGUAAUUGUUAGAACAGGGUUGUGCUGUGUGUGUAGUUAUCAUAUUGUAUAGGGGCUUCUUUGCUUAUUUCCCUUCAUGUAUAUGUGCUGGCCUGUUGGCCCGAUGGAAUAUAGGCUCACUUCAUAACAUGGUAUAAGAGCUAGGGUUAGGUUCCCCAGCCGCCGCCGCCGCCUCUGGUCGCCGCCGCCGCCGCCGCUCCUCUCUUCAUCGAGCCUCUCCCCUCUUCUUCCUGGUAGCUGCUGCCGCCUGCUGGUCCAGGCCGCCGCCGUUCCAGGCCGCUGCUGCCGCCGUCCUUCCCGGCCGGCGCCGCCGCCUCAACGUGCUGCUGCUGCUCUUCAACGAGCUGCUGCUGCUGCUGCUCCUCUUCUCUGCUGCUGCUGCUGCUCUUCUUCAACGAGCUGCUGCUGCUGCUCUUCUUCAACGAGCUGCUGCUGCUGCUCUUCUCCUCCUGGUCUGCUGCUGCCAUCAAGCUGUGCCUCCUGCUGGUGCUGGUCUUCAACGAGCUGCUGUUGCUGCUCUGCUGCAAUGGCGCCCUCCACCACCACCGGUGCUGUCCCAGUCCCACGAUGUCCUGUUAUCUUCAACGGACAGAACUACAGGGACUGGGUGCAGCACAUGAAGCUGCACAUGAGGGGCCAGCUGGUCUGGGAGCACCUCUCUGGUGCUCUGCCUUGUCCCCUGCUGCCCACUCCUCCAGCUGAGUUGGCCUUCCCUGUUGAUGCCGAUGAAACCAAGCAACGUGAGAUGCUAGAUGCUUUUGAAGAGGCCACUGAAGAGUAUCAGAAUCAACUCCACUUAUACAAGCAAUGGACAAAUGUUGAUGCUCGAGCCUCUUCUAUCUUGGUGAACAGCAUGGAUGUUGAUCUCACCAUGGAUGUGGUGGCCCUUACCACUGCAUAUCAGAUGUGGGAGCACCUUCGCCAUCGCUAUGAGUCUACAGGGGAUGCCAUGUAUCUCUCUGUUGUUCGUCAAGAGCAACAACUACAACAGGGAGAUGCUACUGUGGAUGAUUUCUACAAGGAGAUGUCGGCGGUGUGGCGCCAAUUGGACUCUCUGGGAGCUGAUGUUUGUCGCAGAUGUCAGUGUUGUGUGCGGCAACAAGCUAAGCUGGAGGUUCGUCGCCUCUAUGACUUCCUCACUCGCCUCCGGCCGGAGUUCGAGCAGAGUCGUGCUCAGCUAUUGGCACGCCAUCCUCGGCUCUCUACUCUGGAGGCCCUUGCUGAGGUGCGAUCUGAGGAGGUGCGCCUACGGAGCACGGGCUUAUUGCCAUCCUCUUCAGCAGUCCUGGCUGCCCGCGUUCCACCACCGCUGCCUGGUGUGCCCUCUUCUACACAGGUGGCAGCAACCUCCACUAGUGCUUUCUGCAACUACUGCAAGCAGGAUGGUCACAUGAUCACGGAGUGCAUCAAGAGGAGGAAACAGGGUCGCCGUGGUGGCCGUCCUCAAAAGGACUCGGGAGGCUCCUCUAAUUUUCGUGAGGGCUCCCUUGAGAAGGUUCACCAGGAGAUGCUCACCUUGCUGCGCCGCCUUAUUGCUUCUGCACCAUCCUCAGGUUCUGCUGGUUCUGCUGGUCAGACGUCUGGUCCACCACCGCACUCUUCGUCAGGAUCGUCGUACGGGGACUCUGGUUGGGAUCGGUCCUCGGCGCCAUGACUCUCAGCGCCUUUGGGAGCUCGAUUGGCUGCGCCUUCCUUCCGCUGCGUCCUCUAGCCAGUCGGACAUCACCACCCCUUUUGCUUCAGCUGCCACCUCCACCACAUCCUUCGCUCAGUGGCAUCAUCGAUUGGGUCACAUUUGUGGCUCCCGCUUGUCUUCUUUGGUUAGGAGUGGUGUUCUAGGGUCUGUAUCUGGUGAUAGUUCACUAACUUGUAUGGGUUGUAAGCUUGGCAAG